AUGUCUCACCCUAUAUAUAAGUUCUUUCUUAAUAUCAUUUUAAUUUGUAAUAUAAUAAUAAGCGCCGACACCGACGAGAGUGAGACAUUUUUUGAUUGCUCACCGACAAAGGCGCAGCAGUUUCGAAACGAGAUGAUUAGCCCAGUGCAUCCAAUCGUUAUGUUGACGCUUGUGCUAUUCUUUGGGAUUUUCACGCGAGUUCAAGCCGAAUAUACUAAUCUGGCAGAUGUUCCAUGCGGUAGAAGCGGGAUACGAGAGGCGAGAAUUGUCGGAGGUCAGGACGCAACGCCACGUGAAUUUCCAUGGCUCGUAAGCAUAACGAGAAAGGGUGGACACUUUUGUGGGGGUGCCAUCCUGAAUUCCAGAUUUAUACUCAGCGCCGCGCAUUGUUUGUGUUCCGGCACGAACAAGAUUCCGGUGGGACAAUUGCGUGUCACGUUAGGCGAGCACAAUUUAAGGGCUCCAGAAAUGCCAGCCGCAAGACACGAGAGCGUCAUAAACGCAGUAUUGCACCCUAGUCACAGAUGCGGCAAGUAUGUAGACGAUAUUGCCCUGCUGGAACUUGCUAGACCGAUCAGCUGGUCGGAAAGCGUGAAACCCGCAUGUUUACCUGUGGCCACAGGAACACCAGGAUAUAGCACUUUCGGCGGUAUGGAAGCCAUCGUAGCCGGAUGGGGCUGGCUCGGGGAAGAUCAAAGCAGAUACAAGAGAGCGGACGUGUUGCAGAAAGUGGAAGUUCGCGUGGUAGCAAACACUGUAUGCAGCGAAUGGUAUGCGAGUCAGGGCAAGUCGACCCGCAUGGAAUCAAAGCAGAUGUGCGCCGGCUGGGAGGAGGGUGGAAGGGAUUCUUGCUGGGCUGACAGCGGCGGGCCCUUGAUGGUCAGAAGUCAUCCUGCCGGGCCCUUGAUGGUGAUCGGGGUGGUCUCGACCGGUAUAGGCUGCAGCAGACCACGACUUCCUGGCAUAUAUACGAGAGUUUCGGACUAUGUUUCGUGGAUUACGCAAGAGACACAAUCCGGUCGAUGAUGGAGGAAAGUACAAACAUGAGCUUUCAUCUCGAUGCCCAAUUUCGUCUAAUUCUAAGAACGAAUUUGACUCGCGUCGAUGAUUAAAAUAAUUACCUCAAAUUAAUAAUAUUUUUUCCUUUAUCACAUAAU